AUGCCCAGCAAUGGCUACACGGUCGUAGUGCCAAGGACGGAGGUGCAUCGGGAUGGGGACUGCCACCGGGCAGUGCACGUGUGGAUCUACUAUGAGAGCACCGGGGAGUUGUUGCUGCAGCGCCGCGCCGACUGCAAGGACUCGCGGCCCGGCCAGUGGGACAUCUCCAGCGCUGGCCACAUCACCGUCGGAGACUCCUCCCUCUCCUCCGCGCGGUGA